AUGGAUUCCGCUCCCCAAAACCGCCACGUUUACUCCAAAUCCAAACUUAAAACAACUUUUAACCAUCCACUGCUACUACUACAUACGAGUACUCCACUGGGAUCGUGCUGUCCGCAGUUGCCGGCGGCGCUCCGUCCGCGAAGUGCAAUGCUUCUUCCUCGUGACAGCAAUGGCGACGCCGCCGCCGCGCGCGCCCCGUUACUCGCCAGCUACCGCGUCCCACAACCCGACCCCCUCCUAGACAAGCCUCGUCGGUCAGAAUGGCUCGGUUUCUGGCGCGGCGGCCCGGCGUCGGAGGUGGAUUGGGGCUCCGUGCGCGCGACGUGCAGGGAGUGGGUCAAGCACCCCAUGAACAUCGCGCUGCUGCUCUGGCUCCUCUGCGUGGGCGCCUCCGGCGGCAUGCUCGCGCUCCUCCUCCUCGGGCUCCUCGACCGGGCGUUCCCGGCGCCGGCGGCGAGGGCGCACUGGGUCGAGGUCAACAACCAGGUGCUCAACGCGCUCUUCACGCUCAUGAGCCUCUACCAGCACCCGGCACUUUUCCACCACGCCUUCCUGCUCUGCCGCUGGCGCCUGCCCGGCGACGCCGCCGAGCUCCGCGCCGCCUACUGCGGCAAGCAGGGCGGUGGCCCACCGCGCCGCGGCGAGCGCGCGCACAUGGCCGUCGUCGUCGCGCUGCUCCACCUCACCGUCGUCUGCCAGUACGCGCUGUGCUGGCUCUACUGGGGCUUCACCGAGAGGUCCCGCCCCGAGCUCGCGGAGGACGGCUUCUUCGCGCUCGGCGUCGGUGCGCCGUUCGCCGCCGUCGUGUACACCGUGUGCAGCCCGCUGGGAAAAGACCCGUGCGGCGACCUCGCCGCGUCCUCCGACGCCGCCCCGCUGAGGCAGCAAUGCCCCACCAAGGCGGCGCACGCCGUGGCGGUGGUCGAGCCGGAGUGGGCGGGCGGCAUGUUCGACUGCGGCGGGGGCGCGGCGGCGGGGUGCUGCCUCUCCCUCUCCUGCACCUUCUGCGUUUUCGGGUGGAACGCGGAGAGGCUCGGCUUCGGCAACGCGUGCGUGCACGCCACCACGUUCGCGCUCCUAUGCUUCGCGCCGCUGUGGGUGUUGGGCGUCACGGCGCUCCACGUCCACGACGUGGCCGUCGGCGACGUACUCGGUAGCGCCGGCGUGCUGCUCUGCGCCGGCGGCCUCCUCUACGGCGGGUACUGGAGGAUCCAGAUGAGGAGAAAGUUCCGGCUCCCGGGGAGCGCCGCCUGCUGCGGCUCCAAGUCGGCCACGGACUACGCACGGUGGCUGUUCUGCUGGCCGUGCGCGCUGGCGCAGGAGGUGCGCACGGCGAGCCGCUACCACAUCGAAGACGAGAGCUUCUUCCACAGGAAGGCCGUCGCCGCCGCCACGAACGACGAGCCAGUGCUCACCGCGCCGCACAGGAUUGCGAUUGCGGCGUCGGAUCACGAGGGGUCAUCAAAAUCAGACGGGCACUUGGUGGUGGUUGUACAUGACGAAAUGGUUCCACCGGCUGUGGUUCAGGUUGCGGUGGCGGGGGACGAUGGCACAUGCGAGCAAUGCAAUGUCGUUCGUGUUGAGAAGAAGAUGGAGGCGAUCGACGUGGUAGAGGAGGAUGGAUCGUCUUUGUUGGCUUCCAAUGGAGAAAUGGUGGACCAUGGAUUGUCUGGUGGAAGGUGGAGGGUGGAGAAGGCGAGGAGGAUGAUCAAUGUGGUCACCAUGGUGUCCUUGCUCGUCCUUUUGUACACAAGGGGAUUUAUUCUUUAG